CGUCCCACAGGAACUUUAGCUGUACUAAUGACGGCUGCCUCCGUAGCUGUCGCUAUUCAUCUUGCAGCUGUUCUACUGGUCAUUUCUGUUUUAUCUUAUUGCCCUACAACGGUCGUAUCAACGACCACCCCCGAGCGCUGCGCUGGACGUAUUGUUACUACUCUACAACAUGUAGAAGACUUGAAAAACUGUUCAAUUAUCUACGGCCCGCUGCUAAUCUCCGGCUACAAUUUGCCAUCUACUUUGCCGUUCUUGACUAACGUCACUCAAAUUACCCACUUCCUGUUGGUUGCUGAUCUCCCGCAUGACUACAAAAGUAUCUCUCAGAUUUUGCCAAAGUUGACUGUUAUACGUGGUCACAAAUUGCUGAAUGAUCGCUGGGCAUUGGUAUUAAAAGAUAAUGGGGCUCUGGAGACAAUUGGAAUCCGUCCUCGUGUACUCGAUGGAAGUGUGUUUCUCGAUAAUAAUCCAUUUCUUGUCAUCUCACACAUGGAUCCAUGGUAUGCAGGUCUGAACAGUACAGGACAAAUUUAUGAGAGUGGUCGACUGUUGUACGAAGUUGUAAAUACAAAAUCUAAUCAACCAACAAUAAUACCACCAUUGAGUGAAUGCAAUCCUCUCAAUAGUGUCUACCAUCAGGGUUUAUGUCAUCGAAGUUGUCCUAAUGGCACAUUUAUUAUGGAUGGAUUGUAUUGUGUUGAGGAGUGUCAGAAAGUAGCUUCGUAUGAUUUUGAAACAUAUAGUGUUGUUGGCAAGCAAACCUACCUUUAUUCUGCUAAAAAUAAGUGUGUCGACGAGUGCCCUACAGGUUUCCAGCAUAACUCUGCAACACUUGGAUGUGAGGAGUGCAACAAUUCGUGUGUGACAGAAUGUAAUGCUCCUCGGACAGCUAUCACAAACUCGCAAGUUUUAGAGCAGUUAAAGGGCUGCAACAAGAUAAAGGGCAAUUUGGAAAUUUCUAUUAAUUUAGAACUGUAUGAGGAAGCAGACGAGUAUCUUAAUGAAGUUCAGGAAAUUAGUGGCUACUUAUUGAUAUUUCGCUGUCAUGGUUUCAAGUCUCUUAAUUUUUUUCGUAAUCUAAAACGAAUAGCAUCAGAUGCAACACAGGACUUAUGGCAGGAUAAAUAUGGUCUAGCCCUAGUUGACAAUUCUGAUUUGGCCCACUUGUGGCCAAAUUUUCGAAACAUUGAAGUGCCAAGCAAUGUGUCAGCUUAUGUUGAAAUUAAUCCCCAACUAUGCCAAACUGACUUGAAAAACAUUAAAACAGUGUUUUCACAAAACGUAUUCGUUGGCAAAGGAAAUGCCAUCACAGGCAUAUGUGAGAAUGAUCCUUUGGUAUUGACGUUUACCAAUGUUACUACAACAAGUUUGAAUGUCAGGUGGCAGCAACGAGAUCCAAAUAGCACGUUUACUCUCAAUUACACGGUUUUCACUUAUUUUGUGUACUAUAUCAGCUUUCCAAAAUUGAAACAUGACGAUAGUGUGAGUCUCUCAAAAGCAAUGAAUGUAUUGGAGGAGGCUUCUCUCAGCACAUUUAAUGGAUGGUCGCUUCUGCAAGUUUCUGCACAUACCACGUCAGCGACGGUGACUGACUUGGACUCUGAUACUAUGUAUGCCUUUUAUGUUGUCGCUUAUUCUACGUCUGAUACACAAGCAGGGCAGGAAUCAAACAUAACAACUAUGAGAACACGGGCAGCACCGUUUACUGUACAAAAUGUUACAGCGAGUGACUGCUGUCCAAGCAUGAACGGAAGCAUCCGUGUGUCUUGGAUUGUUCGGGACAAGGCUAUGAAGCACAAUUUUAGCUAUGUUGUACAUUACGAAGCCCUGCAUCCAGGUGUUCUAAAAAGGCUUAAACAGGAAGGGUUGACAUUAAGCUAUCCGCGACUUCAAAGGGAUACUAACAACGCAUGCUUGAUGAGUUGUCAUCCUGAUGAUGUUAAAGAUGAACACGAGGAUUUUGAAGAGUCAGAAGAGAGGUAUGAUGCAGUUGAAAAUACUGUUGAUGCCCUGGCAUUACAAUCAGCACUUGAUGUAUGUCAAUCGAGCACCCAAACAGCAACUUCAAAUUCGAAUUCAUUGAUUCUCAGAGAUCUCAAGCCAUAUACUUUCUAUUUUAUCUCAGUACAAACUAAUUUAUCGAAUGGCUGUGGACCAAUCAGUGACGCACAACUUGCUUUGACUGCUCCAGUCGUGGAUGCUGACAAGGUUCGAAAUCUUAGCAUUGCAUUAUACAACACCCCGGAUCAAUCACAAAUAGUACAUGUUAGCUGGCAGCCUCCAUCAAGUCCAAAUGGUGGUUAUGUUGUCAGUUAUGAAAUUCUAUUUCAGGGGGAGAUUACAGUGAGCAUUUCAAAUGAGACCACAAAUUGUAAGAAAGAAUCUUCGCUUGAAUUUACUUGUUUUUCUGGAAAAGAUGAGGCUUCUAUUACUCGUUCCUUUGUUGUGGAGAGCAGUAAUUGUCAGGAUGGCAUGGUGACUGUUACAGUGGAGACAAAGUCUCUGUUUGAUGGCUUUAGAUAUGACAUGUUGGCAAUGGUUAGAACAACAUUUACAGUUGACUGUUCUCAAGGGACAAAAUCGAAGGAGAAUGGUCUUGUCAUUGGCCUGUGCAUAGUUUGUGGACUCUGCCUUGUCUUUGUUGUUAGUUUUGUUUGUGUAUGCUUAAGAAGUAGGAGAAUGAGGAGACGACUGGAAGGCAAGCGUGGCUCUGGCUAUUUCGGAAUAUUGUACGGCAACUCAGAGAAUAUCGCCAUGACUGCAAAUGAUGCAGAAUAUCAAUCCGACGAUUGGGAGGUGGAUUGUCAUGAUGUUACAAUGGGAGAAAUGCUGGGCGAAGGAGCAUUUGGAAGUGUUCACUCUGGAACUCUGAAAACAGACAGAGCGAUCCUUAAUGUUGCAAUCAAGAAACUUAUGCCUGGUUCAAGCCAAGAGGAUAGAAUCCAGUUUCUCAAUGAAGCAUCUGUCAUGAAGCUAUUCAGGUCUGACCAUGUUGUUCGGCUGCUUGGUAUUGUUUCAAAGACUAGUCCAACUUUAGUUAUUAUGGAGCUGAUGGGAAAGGGUGACUUAAAGUCCUACCUUCGAACUUUGCGACCUCAGGAAUUUUCUGGUGACAUGUACAGCUUUUUACAUUUUCCUAUUACUGAAGACGAUCAGCUUCAAAUGGCUGCUCAAAUUGCAGCUGGAAUGGCUUACCUCGCUCAGAAAAAAGUAAUUCACAGAGAUCUUGCUGCUCGAAACUGCAUGAUUGCAGAUAACGGGGCAGUCAAAAUUGGAGACUUUGGAAUGGCACGAGAUGCGUAUGUGUCUGACUACUACAGAAAGAGAGGCAGAGGUCCAAUGCCGGUCAGAUGGAUGGCACCCGAGUCUUUGCAAGAUGGCAUCUUCACUACAGCUUCGGAUAUCUGGUCUUAUGGCAUUGUUCUGUGGGAGAUUUCUACGUUGGGAGCUCAACCAUAUCCAGGAAAGUCAAAUGAAGAGGUAAUGAGGUUUGUUAUUGGUCGACAGUUGAUGGAUGUGAACGAUCUGAAGAGUUCGCCUGAUAUCUAUGUGGAGCUGAUGAUUACUUGCUGGAACUUUAGCGCAUUUGAUCGGCCAUUGUUUGAAGAAGUUUUGUCCAAGUUACCAGCUGUAAAGGGUUAUGAAGUACAAGUUUAGCAGCUCGUUUAGACAUCGCUAUAUAAAAAUUGCAAAAUUUAGGAGCAAGUGAAACGGCACCAUGUUAGAUAUUAAAAACUAUUUAAUACUCUGCUAUUGGUUUUACAGUAAUUUUAGUUGCCAUUGAUUAGAUAUACUAGAAUACUAUUACUUAGAUUUGUUUAUGGUCAAUCCUAUGUGGUCAAGUUGUG